AAGAAGAAGAAGAAGUGACGGGGCGGUCUUGUUUUUGUCGGCUGCCGCACGCAGCAGAUGCGCUGCGAAAAUGCGCAUCGAAAAGUGUUAUUUCUGCUCGGGACCGGUGUACCCUGGACAUGGGGUAAUGUUUGUACGGAACGACUGUAAGACAUUCAGAUUCUGCAGAUCAAAAUGCCACAAGAACUUUAAGAAGAAGCGUAACCCAAGAAAGACCAGAUGGACCAAAGCAUUCAGAAAGGCAUCAGGAAAGGAGCUGACAGUGGAUAACUCUUUGGAGUUUGAGAAACGCAGAAAUAUACCUGUUAAAUAUCGCAGGGAGCUGUGGGACAAGACAGUGGAAGCAAUGAAGAGGGUGGAGGAAAUAAAACAGAAACGACAGGCAAGAUUUAUCAUGAACAGAUUAAAGAAGGGCAAAGAGUUGGAGAAAGAAGAGGCCAUCAACGAAGUGAAGAAAAAUAUUCACCUUAUCAAAGCGCCACAUGCAGGAAAGGCCAAACAAAUGGAAGAGAAAAUGGUGCAGAAGUUACAAGAGGACGUCGACAUGGGGGAUGAGGAUAAUUAAUCUUAUGCCCAAGGGGUUCUUUUUGUGUUAUGAAACUUGAGAGCAAGUUUACCUUGUAUUAUAUUGUAUUUUUUUUUAUUUCCAAAUGGCAGAUGGUGGACACAGUAAUGAAUUCAGUUUUUAACUGAUGUAAAAGGACAGGAAUCAUUGACCUAACAAAUAUCUGUCUCCAAAGCAGCAGCAAUUAACCACGUCUCCCUUUUUUUUUUCUUUUUUUUUCUGUGUGGUGGUUGGGGCUGUUAUUACAGUUAAUUUACUAACUCCUGAUGCAUAGUAUAAAGUUCUACAGAAAUGCAGAAAAUGUUAAAAGGUAACCAACAAAAAUUUAAAAAAAAAACAAACAUCUUUUGGGGAUUGCUCUUCUUCUGUUUGUUAUUUUCUGUGACAUUAAACUCACUAUAACCAUAGCUAAAUUAAAAAAUUGGUUGGUAUCAAAA